CUCCCUCGCACCACACAACCAGCAGCAACGGGGCAUCGACAAGCCAUGGCAGACUACAAUCGCGACAAUGGACGUGGCGGCGGACCCAACGAUCGUGCCAGUGGCUACGACGACAACUACCGCCGGCGAAAGCGGUCGGAUGACAGCACGCAAUACGGAGGAGGCUACAGCAACGACGGGUACAAGCGUCAUCGUCAGAACGAUUACCGCGGCAACUCGUCUCGCCACGACAACUAUCGAGGUCGGGACAACUACCGCGACCAGCACCACCAUCGAAGCGGAGACGACGACGCGUUGGAACUGCGCCGUCGAGUCAUUUCGUUGGGCGAUAGUGUGAACGUCAAUGACUCGCUGGCCGUGCGCGAUGUGCUCACGCGAUGCGGCGACUGGUUGGGCGAGCAGCUCAUGUUCCAGGCACAGGAGAUUGCCGCGCUCGUGGUCACGUGUGCCGGUCGCCUGAGUGCCAAGACGGAAUGGUACGGCAUGCUCACGACGCUGCUGAACGAGAAGAACGCGGUGUUUGGGAAGAAGGUCGUGGAGCUCGCGUUGCAGGCAAUCCAGACCGAUUUGACGUGGUGGGCGACGAAUGAUUCCAGCACAACCAUCCACGACGUUCCUGUUCAGUUCCAGCGCAUCAAGUCGCUCGUGCGAUUCAUCGGCAACCUGACCACGACCAAGAUGAUCUUGGCUCCCGAUAUGGUCGCUCUCCUCGCAACGUUGCACAGCAUGUGCGCGCAGCCGCUGGACGGCCACAACACGACGGCACGCGCGUACCAAACGGCCUUCGCGGUCAAGGACUACUUUUCGUAUAUCGUGCUCGACACCAUUCUCCACUGUGGCCACACGUUGGUUGUGGCUGCGGCGGACCCGCUGGACCAGCUUCUGGCCCAGUGCGACGACUACAUCACUUCUCGCGACGCCCAAGACGACUCGAAUCGUCUUGUGCCGGGGAAUACGUGGCUCUUGCAGCGGAUUCGGUUGAACUUGCUGGUCGAACCCGAAGACCCGGACCAUCUUCCGACGUUUGCCAAGAAUUUGGACCCGCUGAACGUGGUGUGGAAAGCAGUACAGUCUCUGGUCACGGUCGCCAAGCAGAUGCCGGCUACGACGACGGCGCCGGACGGUGCGGACCCCCCACUCUUCCAUCCGCAGUGGAAAAUUCAGUCUCUGCUGUACCCGCUGCUUAACUUUUUGCCGGUCGUGCGCAAGACGGAAAGCGCGCCGCUGCCGUCUUCGAUCGUGACGUGGGACGGCAUCUCAUUAACUCAGCUCUCGUCCAAGGUGCCUCCAUACCCUCUCGUCCAUCGCAUCCUGGACGACGACAGCGGGCCGAUUGGCAGCGCCAUCGGGAACAUGAACCUUCCGUCUUACCUGAUCUCGCGGUCAUAUUUCGAAGACAUUGUCGAGUCCUUCCGGCCUAACCCGACCGAGGCUGCCAAGCAACUCCUGGCGACGUGCCGCGCGCUCAACGGGCGCUGGAACCUCCAGGCAGAGUACAUCCUCGUCGAAGCGCUGCUCGUGUCGAUCUUGAGCGCACCAGCCGCCGACAACAUGGUCGCGUACGGCGGCGCGGUCCUCUUCCACCUACUCAAGCAGGAAAGCAAGACAAUCCAGUCGGCAUUUGCAAUCCUUGUCGAGCUGCUCUUCCGCCGGGUGCCGCUCAUGCCGAUGAACGUCGUCGACACGUUUGUGCGCCUCUUUGCGCUCUUUUUGUCCAACUUUGAGUACAAGUGGCCAUGGGCACACUGGAACUACGUCCUCGACGCGCAGGCGGACGAUGCGCAGCGCCUGUUUGUGUCGGCCGUCAUCGAACGCUGCGUGCGGCUGAGCUACCGCCAGCACAUGCAGUCCAUCUUGCCCGAAACAUUUCACAUGUUGCUGCCGCCCGUCCCCGUCCACGUAAUCCGGUUCCGCCAGGCCGAAGGGGGGGACGCCACAAUGUCGUCGGAUGGCGCGCGGUACGAGCAAGUGUUUGGCAAGAUCAAGGCGCGCGAAGGAACGACCGCAAUCGAGGCAUGGAUCGAUGCCCAAGGCAAAGAUGUCGGGCUCGAAAUGGCCGUCGCGGCUCUCUUGGACGCAGGGUCGGCCACAUUUACGCAUUUCCGCACGCUCCUGGACAAGUACUUGCCUGUGUUGAUGCAUGCGAUCGAUGCAAAUGGCGACGGCGGCGUCGACCGCCAGGUGGUCGUGAUUGCGACCGUGAGCAGCGUAUGGGAGCAGUCUCCGCAGCACGUGAUAUUGAUCCUCAACAUCUUGCUGCGCCAUCGCGUGCUGUCCCCGGUCGCGAUUGUCUCGUGGCUGUUUGGCGCUGACGCAGUCCAGCAGUACAGUUGGUACGUCGACUCGAUGCGUUGUUUUCCCAUCCAUUGUUGGGGACGAAUCGAGCUGUCCGUAGGCCGUAUGUGUGGGAAAUCCUGGACCACACAAUGCGAUAUGCGCUGGAGCAACGGCCCGCUGCCGACACCGCCGCCGUCGACGAGCUGUUUGUCGCUGUGUUUGAGGGAUUGUCUCGGGUGAUUGCGGCCCACAAGGCCCAGUGCGAUAAGGACGGGACGACUUUUAAAGACAAUUGGUACGCGAGCACGUUGGCGCGGCUCCAGUCGUUUGGGCGAGACUUUCGCGUGGCGCUGGACCCGCUGCUGGCGUCGCUCGCAACGACUGUGUUUGCCGCCGAGCGUGCAGAGCACGACGUUCGGGUGGUGUUUGCCACGUUGCAGGCGUCGUUCCAGCGUGUGUAGGCCGAUGCCGUCGACAGCCGGUGGCCAGCCAGACGCCGCCCACCAAUGCGCGGCCACAUGAUUUGAAUGAGACCACCGUAUAUCGAUGUUUACAACAAACAGGUCGUAAUAUUGUCAUGAUGGUGGCGCAUGGCCU